CUCCGAUGUCUGCACGGUAUCUAACGUGCAAGCUGCCCUCCCAGCCAACGGAACUUUGCUUGGAAUCGACUUGAUCCCCUCGACGGUCUCGGCUAGUAUUGUCUAUAAUGCAACAACUGGUUCCAGCGCGGGUGGUUCAACGACGGGUAGCUCUACCUCGUAUACUUACUGCAAUGUGACAGUUCAAUACACCCACACCGGCAAGAAUGACACCGUUGUCGUCAAGUAUGCCUUCCCGGAACCUUCCGACUUCAAGAACAGAUUCUACGUUGCCGGUGGAGGCGGUUUCUCGCUAUCUAGCGAUGCCACCGGUGGUCUCUCCUACGGUGCCGUCGGUGGUGCUACCGAUGCUGGAUACGACGCAUUCAGCAACAGUUACGAUGAGGUGGUCCUUUAUGGCAAUGGCUCUAUCAACUGGGAUGCGACGUACAUGUUCUCGUACCAAGCUCUAGGCGAGAUGACUCAAGUCGGUAAGCCUCUGACCCGAGCCUUCUACGGCCUGACCGACGACGCCAAGGUGUACACCUACUUCGAGGGUUGCUCAGACGGUGGCCGCGAGGGUAUGUCCCAGGUCCAGCGCUACGGCACCGAGUACGACGGGGCCAUCACCGGUGCCCCCGCAUUCCGCUUCGCACACCAACAAGUCCUACACGUGUUCUCGUCUGCGGUCGAGAAGACGCUCGAUUACCUGCCCCCACCAUGCGAGAUGGAGAAGAUCGUUAACGCGACGAUCGCUGCCUGCGACCCGCUCGAUGGCCGCACCGAUGGGGUCGUCUCGCGGACCGACCUGUGCAUGCUGAACUUCGAUCUCUCUUCCAUAGUCGGCGAGUCAUACUACUGUGCGGCUGAGAACAGCACCUCCCUCGGCUUCGGCUUCAACAAAAAGCGGUCCACGACCCUCCAUCCCAUGAACAUGCGCACCCACAAACGCCAGGCCCAAGGUAGCACCACCAGUUACCAGCCGGCUCAGAAUGGCACCGUGACAGCCGAGGGCGUCGCCGUCGCCAAGGCCAUCUACGGGGGCCUGCACAACAGCGCCGGUGAACGCGCCUAUCUCUCCUGGCAAAUCGCUUCCGAGCUUGGCGACGCCGCGACCACCUACAACAGCGACACCGGUGCCUGGGAGCUAUCCAUCCCCAGUACAGGCGGCGAGUACGUAACGAAGUUCAUCCAACUCCUAGAUCUUGACAACCUCUCCGACCUCGACGGCGUAACCUACGACACCCUCGUCGACUGGAUCAACACCGGCUUCGUGCGGUACCUCGACAGUCUCCAAACCACGCUGCCGGACCUAACCCCGUUCCAAUCCUCAGGCGGCAAACUGCUGCACUACCACGGAGAAUCCGACAGCUCGAUCCCCGCCGCCUCCUCAGUGCACUACCACCAAUCCGUGCGAUCAAUCAUGUACAGCAAUCUCACCGACACCGAAGCACAGACCGCCAUGGCCGACUGGUACCAAUUCUACCUCGUCCCCGGCGCAGGGCACUGCGGCGCGAACUCGCUGCAGCCCGGUCCGUACCCGCAGAACAACAUGGCCGUCAUGAUCGACUGGGUCGAGAACGGCGUGCAGCCGACUCGGCUAAACGCUACUGUGUCCUCCGGCGCGAACGAGGGCGAGACGCAGAUGUUGUGCCAGUGGCCCGAACGCCCGCUUUGGUCCGGCAAUACGACGGAUUUUGAGUGCGUUAAGGAUAGCGCUUCGGUUGAGAGCUGGACGUACACUUUUCCGGCGUUUAAGAUGCCUGUGUACUAGAUGAUCGACGGUCAUCUGAGAAACGGUAGAUGUGUCUGGUAAACAAGAGGAAAAAUUGCUUAGGUAAACAAAAACGAGGAUGGCAUUUUCUGGUGUAAUUGCAUAUGGGUAUGUUGGAUGGACUUCAUCGUCGGCUAAGGGGCAUUUUGCUGUGGAGAUACCAAUAAUAUGAAAACUUCGAUAUUUUUCGUUCUUACAUUCGUUUACUAGCAAUGAGAGCUAGUCAUAUUUUUAUGAUUCCC